AUGGGAUACAAACCUCUGGGCCUGCCAACGGCCCAUAGGCUUCUGGCGCUGCUGCAGCAGGUGGCGAGGGACGUGGAGAGACAGAUGGGUGGUGAGACGACGGAGGGGCAAGAGGUAGCGGAUUGUUGCGAUGGGAAAGAAGACAGCAAGAGGAACAGUUCUGCGAGCGGCGACAGUGACAGUGGCAGCGGUAGCGGUGGCGGUGGUGGUUGUGAUGGUGGUAGUGGUAACAGUGGUGUGUGUCAUCCCGUGCACCUGUUUGGGUUCAGCAAGGGUGGUGUGGUGCUGAACCAGCUGCUGGCAGAGGCAGCAGAGGUAGGGCAGAUGCUCACAGCACAGGUGCCAUACAGUGAGCGACUGGGGAAGACCGAAGAUCGAUUGGGCAAGAUUGAUUCGCUGUCAAAAAUCCCACCUCCUGCUCUCGCUGUGCCUGCGUCGAUAGCAGCAGCACAGGCACCUGCAGCAGCAGCAGCAGCAGCAGCAGCAGCAGCGCCAGCAGCGGCAGCAGCAGCAGCGGAUUCCCCACCGCCAUUCUCCCUGCCAGGUUCACCCAUGGCCUUCCUACAGCAGGCAGCAGCAUGGGAAUAUGUAGAUGUGGGGUUGAACUGCCGAGGGGCGUAUCCCACUGAUCCUCGCACUCUCUCCGCCUUUGUGCACGCCUGCCAGCUCCGGCCCGCGCUUUGCCAGCACGGCUCGUAUCUCUGGAAGAACAAGCAGCGUAACCGCCCGCAGGGACAGAUCAAGCGCAACGCCGAUGCUGCCCCGCCAAGCCUUCGCCACCACAUGACGAAACGCCAGCGGAAUGCCAUCACCGCGAAGGAGAAACUCCACUGGUUGAAGAUGCAGGACAGUCAGCCCGACCUCUCCAAUCGCGCCCUGGCGAAACUCGCGAAGGUGCAGCCCUGCCAGAUCCGCGAAUGGAAGAAGAUGAAGGAGCGGCUGGAGGUCGCUUCGAGCUGCCGCCGUCGUCUCAUGGGGCACGGGCGCAAGUCCAAGUACCCGUUCAUGGAACGGGCGGUCUACCGCCACUUCUUAAAGCACCGGGCGAAGGGCCUUGCCGUCACUGUCAGCAUGCUCCAGAAGUGGAGCGCCAAGUACAUGAAGCACAGGAUGCCCGGGGUCAACUGGCGCGCUUCGUUCCGUGAGGUGGAGGUCCUUGACGAUGUCAACGACCUGGUUGACGACGAAACGGUCAUCAACCCCUUCUACGCCGAAGUCCCCAUGCCGGCCGAGGAGCUGCAGGCGGCGGCACAUGAGGAGGACGCCACCGAGGAGGAUGCGGAGGCGGCGGCGGCAGAGGAGGAAGGGGUCGUGCUUGAAGAAGGCGGGGAGGCAGAAGAGCCCAGCGAUGACGAGUGGUGGCGCCCUGGCCGCUAUGACAGGGAACAAUGUGACGAGUGGCAUGCUGGGUACGAUUCUGAGUGA